AUGCUCGAAGAGGCCACGAGGGCCUCUGCUACCGCUGCAGCCUCGCUGCCCAAGCUCACCGCCGCCGACCACAAGGGCAUCCCGCUGCUGGCGGCCCUCGACGAGGCGCUCGUCGCCGCCCUCCGCUCGGGCGCCAUCAAGCUGCUCCGCGCCGAGUUCCUGCGCGCCGACGGCUCCGAGGCAAUGCUGCCCGAGCUCCUCCGCCGGCAAGGGCUGGAGCAGAUGGAGGCGGAGCGAGGCAUUCAAGUCUUCCUCACGCCAGAGGAGGCUGUUGCGGCGCUGCGUUCGCUGAGCCGCGAAGUCGCCGGGCUGACCUACGGCUGGGCCUCGCCGGACCACCCCGACGUGACCGGAGAGUAUCUGGCGAACGUGCGGCGCUUCCUGCGCCACCCGCUCGGCGAGCACGUGACCGCCCUCUUCUGGGACUUCUCCUCGCUCCCGCAAAAGCCAAGGACGGCGGCAGAGGACGAGUUCUUCUAUCAAGCGCUCAAG